AUGGGGAAUAAAGGAAACCUCGGAUAUUUAAUCUUCUUAUGGGCUACUCUCGUUGCAGUAGUAGCCAUUGCCACCGAGCAGCGUCGUUUUGAGCGGACUAAGGGCAUCAAUGGUCUUGAAAAGAUCAUCAUCCGUGACGAUCGUGGUAGAUCUUUUGAGGUAUACUUGUAUGGAGGUCAAGUAGCUUCUUGGAAGAAUGAGAAAGCCGAGGAGUUACUUGUUAUGAGUAGCAAGGCUAUAUUCAAGCCUCCAACACCUAUUCGUGGAGGAAUUCCAAUAUUGUUUCCGCAAUACAGUAACACUGGUCCACUUCCCUCACAUGGAUUUGUAAGACAAAGGUUCUGGGAAAUCGACACUAAUCCACCUCAGCUACCAUCAAACUCUUAUUAUAAAGCUUUUGUUGACCUAAUCCUAAGGCCAUCCCAAGAUGAUUUCAAGAUCUGGCCUCAUAAGUUUGAGUAUAGACUAAGAGUACAUUUGGGACCUGAAGGAGAUUUGAUAUUGACAUCUCGUGUCAAGAAUACUGAUGUAAAGCCGUUUAACUUCACAAUGGCUCUUCACCCCUAUUUCUCUGUUUCUGAUAUCAGUGAAAUCCAGGUGGAAGGAUUGCAGAAUUUGAAUUAUCUUGACCAACUAAAUAACAGAGCACGUUCAACUGAUCAUGACAAGGCUAUAAUAUUUAAAUCCCAGUUUGACAGAAUAUACCUAAGCACUCCAGAUGACCUCAGAAUCGUGGACAAGAAGAAAAAGAAGACAAUUGUUGUACACAAGGAGGGACAAGUUGAUGCUGUGGUGUGGAAUCCAUGGGAGAAGAAAGUGAAUGACUUGGGAACUGAAGACUACAGGCGUUUUGUAACUGUGGAAAGCGCAGCGGUCGAGAAACCGAUCAUAGUGAAUCCAGGACAAGAGUGGAAAGGAGUACUCCAAAUGAGUGUGGUUCCUUCCACUUGA